AUGUUUUCAUGUGUUACAAGCACCGAAUUUGACGUUGGAGGAGAUGAUGGUUGGAUCGUACCAACAUCCAAGGAUCAUGGAGAUAUGUUUAACCAAUGGGCUUCUGACAACCGGUUUAAAGUUGGCGACACUGUCCGUUUCAAGUACAAGAAAGACUCGGUGUUGGUAGUGUCAGAAGAAGAGUACAAGAGAUGCAAGGCGGCUAAACCGCUACUCUACUCGAACAACGAAGACACGGUUAUCAACCUAGACCGGCCCGGUUUGUUCUACUUCAUUAGCGGUGUCUCGGGCCAUUGCGAAAAGGGUCAGAAGAUGAUCAUAAAAGUUAUGGAGACGGAUUCUUCUCCAGAUGCUCCUCCUCCUUCGUCGUCUUCUUCAUCUUCGUCGUCUUCUUCUUCUCCAUCUGUCCCGUCGUCAACUCACAAGAAGAGCAAUGCCUUGAGAACCACAGUCGGGUUCUGUAGCUCUGGCUUUGUUGUGUUAGCGAUUCUCGUUGUUUCCGCUUUUGCUUUGGUUUAG